AUGUCAACUGUACCGUCAGAUAAGGAAGCUGGCGAUAAUACAGGCCAACAGCUCGAUGGUUCCGAGACACAGACUAGUAAAGUGGAAGAUAUAGUGGUUUAUUACUUCCCAACUUCAUAUUCAUCUCAAAAGGUGUUAGUCAGCAUAUACGAAAAGCAUUUAAAAUUCAAGCCAUGCAUUGUCAGCCUGUUUCAUGGCCAACACAUGGAGCCCUGGUAUGUCAGGCUCAACCCUCACGGUGCACAUGUCCCAGUCUUGGUCCAUGGGGAGCAUGUCAUCAGUGAUCCAGAUAAAAUUAUUGAGUAUGUGGAUAAACUUCCAGGCACAAACAACCUGAUACUCGUUCCUGGUAGAUCUUCACUUGUGGGUCAGCAGGUCGCCAAAUUUCAGGAGACUUUGGAAAAAAUCCCAGUUGAUGUCAUUUCAUACGGGAUUAUCUUCCACCCGCAGUUGUCAGAAAAUGGAUGCCAGCUUCCAGUGGCCAUACAGAGGAGUAUGAGAGAAAAUUUUGCAAAUCGGCUGCGUUACCUAAUUAGCCUGUCCACGGUGUAUCCAGAUCUUAGAGACUGCUACCUUGCUAAGAGCCAGACCGCAGCAGAGAAAUAUGACCUUAUAACUGAUGAGGAUAAGGUGAAAGGUCAUAUUGAUCAACUGGCAAACUUUUUUGAAAACGUGGAGGGUGAACUGAGGCAGAGAUAUAGUAUAGAUGAAUCCACAUCAGCAGAUGUUAUCUACCUGUUUGGUAACAGCCUGACGGUGGCAGAUAUUGGCCUGUAUGUUCUCAUCACUCGACUGCAUCUUCUGGGCUUGCUGCCUCAGUGCAUGCCCACCUCACGAUUCCCUCUGACACAUCGACACUACACUCUGAUGUCGGCUCGGCCCUCCAUCACUCGACUGCUCCAGGAGGUGUCACAGCUGAGAUACACUCUUCUAGUAGAGGACAUUAAAGCUUCAGGAGCUUACUUUGCUCUAGCUUUGGGUACAGGCUUGGUUGUGCUGGCAGCUUAUUAUUUGAUCAAGAAGUUGAAGUCCUAA